AUGUUGCCAAUAAAAUUACUAAUAUUUAUAUUGGGAUAUUUAUUAUCACCAACUUUACAACAAUAUCAACAAAUUCCUCCUCGAGAUUAUGAAAAUAAAAAUUAUUUUUUAGUUGAAUUAAAUACUACUAAUUCUCAAAAACCUUUAAUUGAUUUCAUAUCCCAUUAUAGGGGUCAUUAUAAUUUUGAACAUCAAUUAUCAUCAUUAGAUAAUCAUUAUGUUUUCAGUAUUGAUAAAUCUCAUCCUCAUAAUUCGUUUUUAGGUAAUCAUAAUUCAAAUGAAUAUAAUUUAAUGAAACGACAAUUAGGUCAUGAACAAGAUUAUGAUGAAUUGAUUUCUUAUGUUGAAUCUAUUCAUUUAUUACCCAUGAAAAAACUUUCUAAAAGAAUACCUGUCCCCAUUGAAAUGGAAGAUGUGGUGUUUGAAAAUCGUGAUGAUACUGGUUCUGAUAAUCAUGAGGCAACAGAUGAAGCUCAUCAAAAAUUGAUAGAAAUUGCUAAGAAAUUAGAUAUUCAUGAUCCAGAAUUCACUACUCAAUGGCAUUUAAUCAAUUUAAAAUAUCCUGGUCAUGAUGUUAAUGUCACUGGUCUUUGGUUAGAAGAUAUUUUAGGUCAAGGUAUAGUCACAGCAUUAGUUGAUGACGGAGUUGAUGCAGAAAGUGAUGAUAUUAAACAAAAUUUUAACUCUGAAGGGUCAUGGGAUUUUAAUAAUAAAGGCAAAUCUCCUUUACCUCGACUUUUCGAUGAUUAUCAUGGUACUAGAUGUGCUGGAGAAAUAGCUGCUGUGAAAAAUGAUGUUUGUGGUAUUGGUGUAGCAUGGAAAUCGCAAGUUAGUGGGAUUAGAAUAUUAUCUGGCCCUAUUACUUCAUCUGAUGAAGCUGAAGCUAUGGUAUAUGGAUUAGAUACUAAUGAUAUUUAUUCAUGUUCUUGGGGCCCUACUGAUAAUGGUAAAGUCUUAUCAGAACCAGACGUAAUAGUGAAAAAAGCCAUGAUUAAAGGAAUUCAAGAAGGUCGUGAUAAAAAGGGAGCAAUCUAUGUUUUCGCUUCUGGAAAUGGUGGUAGAUUUGGUGAUUCUUGUAAUUUCGAUGGUUAUACUAAUUCUAUUUAUUCAAUUACUGUUGGUGCCAUUGAUUAUAAAGGAUUACAUCCACAAUAUUCUGAAGCUUGUUCUGCUGUUAUGGUGGUUACUUAUUCUUCUGGAUCAGGUGAACAUAUUCAUACCACUGAUAUCAAGAAAAAAUGUUCGGCAACUCAUGGUGGUACUUCUGCUGCUGCACCUUUAGCUAGUGGGAUUUAUUCAUUAAUAUUAUCAGCUAAUCCUAAUUUAACUUGGAGAGACGUUCAGUAUAUUUCUGUAUUAAGUGCUACUCCUAUAAAUGAAGAAGAUGGUAAUUAUCAAACUACAGCUUUGAAUAGAAAAUAUUCUCAUAAAUACGGUUAUGGUAAAACUGAUGCUUAUAAAAUGGUUCAUUUCGCUAAAACUUGGGUAAAUGUUAAACCUCAAGCUUGGUAUUAUAGUGAUGUCAUUCAAGUUAAUCAAACUAUUACUACUACCCCAGAACAGAAAGCUCCAAGUAAACGUGAUUCUCCUCAGAAAAUCAUUCAUUCAUCAGUUAAUGUUAGUGAGAAAGAUUUAAAAAUUAUGAAUGUUGAAAGAGUUGAACAUAUUACUGUUAAAGUAAAUAUUGAUUCUACUUAUAGAGGUAGAGUUGGUAUGAGAAUUAUUUCUCCCACGGGGGUUAUUAGUGAUUUAGCAACUUUCCGAGUUAAUGAUGCUUCAACUAGAGGAUUUCAAAAUUGGACAUUUAUGUCAGUGGCUCAUUGGGGUGAAACUGGUAUUGGAGAAUGGAAAGUUGAAGUUUUCGUUGAUGAUUCAAAAGGUGAUCAAGUUGAAAUUAAUUUCAAAGAUUGGCAAUUUAGAAUAUUUGGUGAAUCUAUUGAUGGUGAUAAGGCAGAAGUUUAUGAUAUAACUAAAGAUUAUGCUGCUAUAAGAAGAGAAUUAUUAGAAAAAGAAAAACAAAAUAGUAAAUCAACCACUACAACCAGCAGUACUACUACUGCUACUACCACAAGUGGCGGAGAAGGUGAUCAAAAAACUACUACACUGGCAGAAAAUAAAGAAUCUACAACAAAAGUGGACAAUCUGGCAAGCAUUACCACUAGUCAAACUGCAUCUUUGACAUCAUCAAAUGAACAACAUCAACCAACUGAAUCAAAUUCUGAUUCUGAUUCUGAUACCGAUGAUGAAAAUAAACAAGAAGGUGAAGAAGACAAUGACAAUGACAAUGGCAACAAAAAGGCCAAUUCUGAUAAUACAGGAUUUUACCUUAUGUCAAUUGCUGUUGUUGGAUUCAUUGCUGUAUUAUUAGUUAUGAAAUUCCAUAAAACUCCAGGAAGUGGUCGUCGUCGUAGAAGAAGAGAUGGUUAUGAAUUUGAUAUUAUUCCUGGUGAAGAUUAUAGUGAUUCUGACGAUGAUGAAGAUGAUUCCGACACCAGGCGUGCUGAUGAAGAUUCAUUUGAUUUAGGUCAUAGAAAUGACCAAAGAGUAGUAUCGGCAUCACAACAACAAAGACAAUACGAUAGACAACAAGAUGAAGCUAGAGAUCGAUUAUUUGAUGAUUUUAAUGCUGAAAGUUUACCUGAUUAUGAAAAUGAUAUGUUUAAGAUUGGCGAUGAAGAAGAGGAAGAAGAGGAGGGACAACAAUCAGCAAAAGCACCAUCAAAUUCAGAAGGAAAUUCAGGAACUUCGACUAAAAAAUAUAAGGAUAACGAGGCUGACGAGGAUCAUAAAGAUGUUGUUGGUACACAGUAG